CUAACACGGCUGCUACUCUGAAUCCAGUCAGGGGAUUAAUCAUGAUGUAUUGUGCUGCAUGAAGUGUUUGCAGUGCAUCCAGGAUGCCCCUUACAGCCCCACAGACUGUGGGCUGACAAGGCCAGACCCUGCGUUCCUGGUGCACCCAGCACUAUUCCACUCGAAUCAAUGGGAAUUUGUGGUGUGCAAAAAUGCGGGGUCAGCAACUGCAGAGUUCGGAGGCAGGUGACAAAGCUUGAGCUAUUCCGGAGUCUGGAAAUCCACUCACAGGGAUUUCCUGGUCUCCUUUCUGAAGCGAGCCACACUCAGAUUUCUCAAGAGUUCGUCACCCCUGGGUGGAGCCUCAUUUUGAGAAGAGCCCGGCUCCUAUUCAGGGCACGUCUACACGGCAGCUGGGAGCGGAGCUGCUCAAGCUGGUGCACUAAUAAAUAGGGGUGUAGCUGCGGCAGUUCGUGCAGCGGCUCUGCUCCCGGCCUGAGUACAGUUGUGCCCGAUCGCCGGGGUCCAACCUUGCAUGGCUGGCCCAGGCCACUGUGGCCACACUACUAUGUUUCGAGCGCUGGCUGUGUUCAGCAGGCGCGUGUCUGUCUCCCCUCCCUCCCAGCUGCAGUGUAGAGGCUCCAUCAGGGUAUGUCCACAUGGCCAGAAACAAAGGGGCGAAAAGUAGCAAUGUGGACAUUCCCGCUUGGGCUGGAGCCCAGGCUAUGAAACCCAGUGAUGGGGGAGGGUCUCAGAGCCAGGGCUCCAGCCCGAAUGGGAACGUCUACACUGCUGUUCUUAGCCCCAUAGCACAAGCCCCUUGAGCCUGAGUCAUUUGACCCAGGCUCUGAGACUCGCUGCUGUGAGGGUUGGGGUUUUUUUUCCCCCAAGUGUAGACGUAACCUCAGGAACUGACAUAAGGGCUAGAUUUUCACAAGUGCUCAGUGCAUUGGGUGCCUGUUGGGCAGCUGAUCUCUUGAGUAUCCAGCUGUACGUGUUCCAGUGGGAGUGGCAGAGGCCUCUUGAAAAUCAUGUUAGUUAGGUGCCUAAUGGGAGCUGGGCUCUUAAAAAAGCUGGCCCGUUGUGAGUCCUGAACCCUUGGGAAAAUCCUUUGCCGUAGGCAGCAGGUACUGUGCUGUCUACACAAUCACACCUUUACCCAGCAUUGUAUGCAAUAGCCUGACCCGUCAGGAAGCCCUGGUACAAGCUGUCUCAGUUCAACACAGAAGCAUGUCUAAUACAAUCUCUUGCAUGUUCUCCAUGGUGCCGCAUCCUGGUGGUUAUUUUAUUUUUCCGAAUCAUAACAAUAGAUCCAUGUUUGAUUCAAAUGCAGAUAAGAAAUAGUUUGUCCCCAAAGAGUUCUUUAAAAAAACAACAACAACAAAACCCUGUUCAAAGCAUCUAUCAGCACAGCACAUCCCCCCAGGAGGCGUUUGUCACCAGGAUGUUAGACCUUUUCCACUUGAGCAGCGUACCAGACGGGUGCUUUUAGAUUCAUCUUUCAUGAUAUUGUUUAUUACAAUCAUGCUGUUCGCCAAGUAUCUGCUUUUGUCUUUCAUGGUGGUACAAGUGCAGUUAUUUUUGCACCAACUUCAGUCGUUCCUGUUUGUGAACAUUAAUGAUACAGCGAAGAUCCAGUGCUCUUCCAAAAAACAAUUUUUAGCAGGAGGUAUAACAGCUCGGUGGUACAGGAGACGGGAAGACAGUUACACCACCAGCAGUUGGGUGCUGACUCUGGCUCCAUCUCCCCACGGCCUCCUCUCCCCCGGGACGGCUGAUCUGGCUUGCGUGGUCCAUGGAGUUUCCAACCUAGUCCAAAUUUCCUGGAGUUUUUCUGGGGAUCUGCAGGAACAGGGUCUGAUGCGUUCACUGAAAGCCAAGGAUGGCUCCUUCGUGUUCAUAAAUCACAUUAGCGUCCCCACGGACACCUGGACCAGUGGGAAGAAUUUCACCUGUGAUGUUAAAUUCAACUCUUCUGGCAAGAGCGUUAAGAAAAUUGCCCGGUAUAUUGAAGCCCCUGCCAGCGAGUGCUCCCAUUACAUUGUGCCCCUUGCGGCUGGUGCUGGUCUGCUGCUGCUGGUGGUGUCUCUGAGCCUCGUCUGGACCCUCUGCCCUUCCGCGCUAGGAUUCCAGCCCAGGGUCUCAGCACCCCCAGCUUCCGAGGAGCCCCAGGGUGGAAUCUUAUACGCUCAUCUGGAUUUCGAUUCACGGAAUCACAACGGGCGCACGAUGCAGCGACCGGCCAGAGGGAAACGUGUAAAACCCUGAACUGUCAAGUGCAGGGAAAUCCACACGUGGGAACCGAUGGCUGGUUCUCUGCUGAUUGGAUGUAACAGCUGGAAGAAGCCUCUGUUUGUCUCCGUCUCCUUUCUUUUUGUAUUUUUUCCACUUCUCUGUUUAGAAUAAAAAGCUCAGAAGAUCCCCACAGGGUCCAGCCUUAUCAGGUGGGAAAUCUCCUUUUGGGGUAUAAAGGCAUCAUGGUGUAGAUGACUUUACACAUCACUUGUGUAUUAGAUUAGAAGCUCUUUGGGGCAGGGAGUGUCUCUUUAUCCUAUGUUUUGUGCAACGUCUAGCACAGAGAGGCUCUGGUCCAUAACUGGGGCUCCUGGGUGCUAUGGUAACACAAUCAUCAUCCUCCUCAUCAUCAUCAUCCUCCCUCUCUCUGCAGAGGGACCCGGACACAGCUUCCCUGCACAAAGAGUCAGGCCAGAUGGCAGAAGCCGGCAGAGGGGACGUGCAGCCCCUGUCUACACCACAGCUCCCAACUCCCCUGAUCCUCAGCAGGCACAUGGUCCCUUUGCAUUAACGUUACAUGGACGUGCCGUGGGAUUGGGAAGGGGAAGGAUGGAUGUGGGAGGAGCUGGGAGGGAUGAGAAUCUCUCCCCAGGCCAGGGCUGGAGCUGCUACUCCAGUGCUUCCUCUGCAGGCUGCUGCUUUCCCCCAUGGGCGAGAUUCACAGAGUCCCAUGCGCCAGCCGCUCUGCGCCAGCCCCUCUGCGCCAUCUAACGAUAACAACACAUUAUCGGUGACUGGAGCUCUCCUAGGCCCUGAGCCUGCACGCGCUGCCUGUUUACAUCACAACUUGUUGUUCAAGCUGUCAUUCGAACUGUCGCUCAUUAAAAACAGACGGCAACCCCA